AUGAACACUGUCCAGGGGAUAUGGGAUUGCCGGGCUCCUUCUCGCAGGGGUCCUGACUCCCCACCUAUCCGACCUGCUCCUCCUGACCCCAACCCGGAUGACCAAGCUGAGAAAGUUGCUUCUUUUUACCUCGGUGCAUCAAAUUGCUGUGCCCCUGCCCCUGCCCCCUGUACUAGUUGUUGCUACUCUGGGUUGCCGCCUCUCAAGGAGUCUACCACCAGCCGACUGCUCUACACCCUUCUACAUGUGGGGACCUCUGCCACUUGCUGCCUCCUCCUCUCCCGAACAGUCCUGGAAACCCUCCAGGGCAAAGUUCACCAGGUACUGAUCCCCUCUGGACUGUGUACCAACCCCUCUGGACAGAUUGACUGCUCAGUGCCAAAUGGCUCUGGGGCUGUAUACCGAGUGUGUGCUGGCACUGCUACCUUCUACUUGCUGCAAGCUGUGAUCCUGAUUAACGUCAACUCUUCUAAUAGUGUCAGAGCUCGGCUGCACAAUGGCUUCUGGCUCCUAAAGGUACUGGUCUUGCUGGGACUUUGUAUUGCUGCCUUCUACAUCCCAGAUGAGCAUAUCUUUCCAGCAUGGCACUAUGUGGGUAUCUGUGGAGGCUUUGCUUUCAUCCUGCUGCAGCUGGUGCUCAUCACAGCCUUUGCUCACACUUGGAACAAAAACUGGCUGACAGGGGCUGCCCAGGAUUGGCGCUGGUUUGGGGCAGUGCUGCUGGCCACCAUCAUUUUCUACAUCAUAGCUGGAACAGGAGCAAUCCUUCUAUUCUACCAUUAUACCCAUCCUGCUGGCUGCCUGCUCAACAAAGCUCUACUCGGCCUGAACCUUUGUUUCUGUGGCAUCCUCUCUCUCCUCUCCAUCACUCCCUGCAUCCGCCUCAAACAGCCCUGCUCUGGCCCCCUACAAGCUUCCAUUAUUAGCUGUUAUAUCAUGUAUUUGACUUUCUCUGCGUUGUCUAGCCGGCCCCCUGAUAAGGUGCUACUUCGAGGACAGAAUCAUACUAUCUGCCAGCCUGGGAUGAGCAAGAUGGAGGAACAGACACCAGACACCUCUCUAGCCAUUUUGAGUGCUGCUAUCAUGUAUGCCUGUGUGCUUUUUGCCUGUAAUGAGGCUUCUUACCUGGCUGAGGUAUUUGGCCCUUUGUGGAUGGUCAAGGUUUACAGCUAUGAGUUUCAGAAGCCUUCCAUUUGCUUCUGUUGCCCAGACAAUCUAUCACCAGAAGAAGGAGGCAAUGGAGAGGAAGCAGGCUCAAGUGCACCACAAACACCUCACAGACUCUCCUACAGCUACUCUGCUUUCCACUUUGUCUUCUUCCUGGCUUCUCUCUAUGUUAUGGUCACUCUCACUAACUGGUUCAGUUAUGAAGGGGCAGAGCUGGAAACCACAUUUACAAGAGGUAGCUGGGCUACCUUUUGGGUCAAGAUCACCUCAUGCUGGACCUGUGUGUUACUCUACUUGGGACUGCUACUGACUCCAACUCGAUGGUCAGCCACUGGAUCCUCCAGAACCCCUCAUAUUGUACAUCGGCGCUGCCGUCAAAUCCAAGUCUCUACAUAACUGGGGCCUGUCAGCUGUUCUGUCCAAUGUUGGGUUCAAGAAAAGAGAAGUAUCCCAUCACAAAAACAGGAUUUUUUAGCUCUAUCCUUUGAGCUAAAGUGCAGAGGUAGUUAUGCCAUUCUGGGAUGGAAAGGGCCCUGGCCACAAAUCAUCCAGGGAGGGAGAUCUCCAAUUCUCUGGAAUAGUUCUUCUUGGCAAAGAACCUACCAUCCAGUCAGCAGCCAAACACCUGCCAUCUACCCCCAUCUAAAACUUCUCAGAUCUCAGUCCUCUAGCUGAAAGAGAGGAAACUGUUCAAUAAUACCAGGGGAGAAGGGAGGGGGGGACUGACUCAGAAGCAGACUGACAAUCAGAGGGACAGAGACACAAAAAGAUUCAGAGACAGUUUGAACACUGUUCUAAUUUGGACAAAGUAAAAUUGGUUCUGUAACUCUGAAUUCAAGUCCCCAAAAGCACAAGCUAGCCCUCAAGAAAGCUCCAAAGACUAAGGUAUGGUGGCUUUGCCAAGUUUCAGUUGUGAUCCUGGGGAAAAAAGGAUCAUCCUCAUUCUUGAGGAAAGACCAUCACUAGAGGACAAACAUAUAAGGUGAAUGAUCAAAUUAGUUUUCUAUUGACCAAACAGCAAGAGGAAGAAGGAAGGCAAAGAAAGUAACAGUCAGGUCACUAAUAUUAGAUAAUUAACUUGAUGACCCUUCUUUUGCCUUGAGCUAGUUUUCAGAAGCCAAUUUAGAAGGGGGAGGGGUUCAAAAGUUCAAGAAAGACAAAGGAAAAGGAAAUGAUCUGAGAUUUAUAAAUUCUCAGGAUACCUCCAUAUUCAUUUCCCCUACCUAUAUGGUUAAUAUAGAAUAAAAGUUGUUUCUAUAA